AUGCGACAAGGCAUGAUAUUCAGCAUUCGUACAGUUCUUGGUCGCCUCCAACUUGUUCAGUCAGUGGUCCCAAUAGAUGUCAAAUUAAAGGACAAUCCCUCGACACGUACUGUACUAUCCGAUAAAAAAACAAUGAAUCACGUGAUUGAAAGAGCAGCACAAUACAAGAUAAUUCACCAGUGAAUUUACCAGGACACCUGAAAAAUUUAGAUCUAGGCGGCUUGACUGAAGAACAGAGAAACUUGGCGUCAAAAUUGCUGGUUGAACAAGCUGAUGCGUUUGCUCAUGACGAUGAUGACGUUGGUCAUAUUCCUAAUCUGCAAAUAAACAUUCAGUUCAAUGAUACUAAACCUGUCCAAAAGAACUACGUUGCCGUGCCUCGACCUCUCUACCUGGAGGUGAAGGCAUACAUUGAAGACCUAAUAAAUCGAAAUUUUAUCCGUAAGUCCAAUUCACCAAACAGCUCACCCGUAGUUUGCGUGAGGAAAAAAGACCAAACUUUAAGUCUGUGUGUUGAUUUUCGCGAACUGAACAGGAAAACGCACAUAGACCGUCACCCCAUCUCGAGAAUUCAAGAAACUGUUGACAAUCUUCGAGGGAAUUCGUGGUUCUCCGUACUUGACCAAGGGAAAGCUUACCCCCUCACAGCAUUCAUCACACCUUGA